AACCCUAACCCUAAACCCUAAACCUAACCCUAACCCUAACCACAAUACUCGCCUUAACCCCUAUCCUAACCCUAACGAGAUGUUAACACAUUGUCCAAACAGUAAUAAAAGUGUUAUCUGGGUGAAACUUGCUCCUUAUUUGAUGAAUAGGGUUGAUAUUUCAGCUAUGAUAAUGACAGGAACCGUUAGCCAACGACUAGCAUGCGUUCAAGGUCAUUUGAGCGUUGAAGGUUUUGGGACUCUAUUCUUAAACUUCGCCAAAAUAUCAACAUUUCAAAACUUGGGAUGAAUUUUAUGCAGCGUUUAAAGAGUUUAAUAAGCUCGCAAAUACUCAGUAUGUAGUGAGAAGCAGUCGUAAAGAUCAUGAUAAUAGUAUUCUGCGCUAUAAACGUGUAAGUUAUGUAUGCACCUCCGGUCAAUUACGGCGUAGUCGGUCCGAAGGGCUUAGGCCUGGAAAACCGUAAGUGCAUAUAUGAGUUAUCAGUUUUUUUUAUAAGUUUUAAGUGUAUGGGUUGUACAUCUACUUUCUGUGUUAAUUCAGUUGAUAGAUGCCUGAAAGUAGGUGAAAUGAAGGGUGCACAUAAUCAUCCAUGUACAAGAGAUUUUAUGAUAGUAGACAGCAGCAGACGUUCGUUAACGGAGGAUGAGAAGACUCAAGUAAAUAGUAUGAUUAAAUAUAUGGUGUCAACUUCUGAACUGCGGGACGCAGUAUUCUUGAAAUUCGGAAAAUUCCUAUCUCGAAAGGAUGUAGUAAAAUUGAGAGAAGAAGUGUUUGGAGGUGUGAAAAGUAUGGCUGAAGUUCUACAGCUGUUAUCCUCUUCAGGUGAAGUUCGUACGAAGAGUUCCAAUGGACAGAUUGAUGUUAUAUGUUUCAGCCUGCAACAACAAAUUAAAUUUUUUCAAAGUUUUCCGGAAGUAAUUUGCAUUGAUUCGACGUACAAAACCAAUAAGGUUGGUUUCAGUCUGUUCCAGUUAGUCGCCACAGAUGGGUGUGGAAAUGGUGCUUGUGUUAUGUUUGCUUUCUGUCAGAGGGAGACUGUGGUAGAUAUCACGUUUGUCCUUGAAAUGUUUAAAGCCAUAAUGGGAUGUACCAAUGCUACGAGGACAUUUGUCAUGGAUAAUUGUCAGGCGGAAAUCUCCUCGGUGCAACAAGUGUUUCCACAUUGCAGGAUAGUUCUUUGCUCAUUUCAUGUGCUGCGAGCGUUUAGUCGGAAGGUAUUUGACUGCAAUUCAUGAUUACUGUGUAGUUUCGGAAUAGUGAUGCACGGUUCGCACUACGAAGAAUGCUUUCAACGCGUUUUAGAGAAAGAUUUAACUAUUAUUACAGAUACAUUCGGCAUGAAUUCCCUCAAGCAUACCAAUAUUUAAAUGGACACUGGAUGAAUAACAGGAGAAUGUGGGCUAGAUGCUUCAGGAGGAAAUACAUGACAUUGGGUAACGGAACGAACAACAGGGUUGAGAGUGCUCACAAGCACCUGAAGUUGCACCUUCGACGGAAUGACCCACUAGUGCUAACCUUAAGGAAAGUUUAUAACAAAGCAAAGAAUUAUUGGCGCCUUCGACAGUAUGACACGCUGUUAACAUUGCAGAGAUUUCGUCAAUAUGAUGUAAGUAUAACUUCAUUAUUAUACCCUUUGUAGGCUCCACAGUUAAUUCAUGUGCACUUGGACAAAUUAACGCCGUAUGCUGCUAAAUUAGUCUUCAAAGAUUACCAAAGGGUUGGACGUAUUCAUCACUCGGUAAUCAGCAGCAACCUAAUUGAUUGCUAUGACGGAGUGGCCUUCAACUUAGUUGACAUUUCUAAUGGUGUAUGCGGGUGUCACCACUUCCAUGACUACCAACUUCCUUGUUCGCAUAUCCUGUAUGCCUACUCCGUGGGAUUGUUCACUGGGGAUAUAUUACAAUACAGCCAAAGAUGGUCACGGGAAUACAACUUUCAGGUUUGCUUCGAAACAAUAGAGCGCCCUCCAGAUGCCUUUCAUACAGAUAAUUAAUGACCUUUAUUUUUCUACUGAAACUAUUUUUGUAAUUUGCCAUUUUCCAUACAGUUAUUCUCAAUUAUUUUUCAAUACAGAAAUUAUUAUUCACUCA